GUGUGGGCACUGCCAGCGGCUGCAGCCUACUUGGAAUGAACUGGGAGACAAGUACAACAGCAUGGAAGAUGCCAAAAUCUACGUGGCUAAAGUGGACUGCACGGCCAGCUCAGACGUGUGCUCCGAGCAGGGGGUGCGAGGAUACCCCACCUUGAAGCUGUUCAAGCCUGGCCAGGAAGCUGUGAAAUACCAAGGUCCCCGGGACUUCCAGGCGCUGGAAAACUGGAUGCUGCAGACACUGAACGAGGAGCCUGCCACACCAGAGCCAGAACCAGAACCGCCCAGGGCCCCUGAGCUCAAGCAGGGGCUGUACGAGCUCUCAGCGAGCAACUUUGAGCUGCACGUCGCACAAGGCAACCACUUCAUCAAGUUCUUCGCUCCAUGGUGCGGUCACUGCAAAGCGCUGGCCCCGACCUGGGAGCAGCUGGCCCUGGGCCUCGAACAUUCCGAAACCGUCAAGAUUGGCAAGGUGGACUGCACGCAGCACCACGAGCUCUGCUCCGGGAACCAGGUCCGAGGCUAUCCCACGCUCCUCUGGUUCCAGGAUGGCAAAAAGGUGGACCAGUACAAGGGAAAGCGGGAUCUGGACUCGCUGAGAGAGUAUGUGGAACUGCAGCUCCAGAGUGCAGACCACGGCACCCCAGAGGCCACCCCACCCCCGGAGGCCCCAGUGGGUGCUGCAGAGCCUGAGGCCGACAAGGGCGCUGUGUUGGCACUCACGGAAAACAACUUUGAUGACACCAUUGCAGAAGGAAUAACCUUCAUCAAGUUUUAUGCUCCAUGGUGUGGCCACUGUAAGAAUCUGGCUCCUACCUGGGAAGAGCUCUCUAAAAGGGAAUUCCCUGGCUUGGCAGAGGUCAAGGUCGCCGAAGUGGACUGUACUGCUGAGCGCAACAUCUGCAGCAAGUACUCGGUACGAGGCUACCCCACAUUGUUGCUUUUCCGUGGAGGCAAGAGAGUCAGCGAGCACAAUGGAGGCAGGGACAUUGACUCGUUGCAAUCCUUUGUGCUGCGCCAGGCGAAAGACGAACUAUAAAAGCGCAGGUGAAGCCGCCCUCCUGCGGGCUCCUGGACUGAGUGGAGGAGCACGUCGUGCGGACCUCGGGGAGUUUCAGGUGGUAGUUCCUCAGAAAGCUGUCUGUACUGAACUUGUGGUAUCUUCUGUGUGUGUUAAGCCAACACACUCUACAGAAUUUUUAUUACGUUUCUCUAAGUAAAUAUGAUCCCUUUGCAAACUAAGUAUUUUCAGUGGCAAUCUAUCAUCCCCUUUAACCUUCUCUUGAUGGAAUCUAAAUGGUUUCCUUUGAGACUAAAACAGAGUUGAGGAAAAGUGAAUCGCUGGACUAUUUUUGGCUCCUGAGUGAUUCUGGUGAAAGCAUCAUCCAAAGCACAGUUUUGAACUGCCCACGAGUCUGGAAAGGUAGUUGCAUGGCGUAUUGUCAUUCCUCUGAUCUCAAGGUCACAGCUAAUCAUGUGGUUGGUCUGUAUCUUGGAGGAGAUUUAAAAACAAACCCCCGCACCUCUGGAAGGCGCCUUCCCAGCCACUCCUGGAUUUUGUUUCUGUUAAUACUUCUCUCAUCGCGAGAGGUUUGCCAUAACGAAAGCAGCGGUACUUUUGACGUGUGCCUGAGUAAGGUCGCGCUGAUGCCAUAAUCUUAUGUGUGUGUCGAUAUUUGUCAGAUCAGUUAUUACUGUUCAAGGGAUACUUCUGUCUGUUUCUCCUGGGUGAAAGGUUUCAUUAGUUAUGUUAACAUUAAGUCAGGUUCCACGUGAAGAUUUUUAAGAUUUUAAGUCCAUGUUUAAGAUUUGCUAUCUCCCGUGGAAAAUGUGGGCCUGGAAAGUUCCACGAGGUUUGUCCUGACUGUUCUGUUAACUCAUAGAAAGAUUCUGGUGGUAUCUGUCACCUGGGGAAAAGGACUAGAUGAGCAGGUCCGGUAUCAGGGGCCAGGGGACUUCCGCAGCCCUGCUACAGGGCCCUAACAAAGCAGUUUUAGUUCUGCUCCUGGUUAGUCCUAGGCCAGGGGUGGGGAACGUCUGGCCCAAGGGCCGUAUAAAGGCCUGAGAAAUCAUUUGGUCUGGCCCUGCCCAGGCAUUAGGGGUGAAUUAAUUUAAUGUUUGACCAGAUAUAGCAGGCUAAUUUUUAAGUUGAUAAUUUUGUAUGGCCUGUGAAUGGUGUUAUAAAUAACCAAAUGGCCCUUGGCAGAAAAAAAGGUUCCCCACCCCUGUUAAAGGCUCUGUACAUCGACUGCCUUCAUGGAGAUUGCCCCUCUGCUGUCUGAGGAGUGGGAGGAGUGGGAUUAACUUUACCUAAAGACCAAAGAAUGAAGUAGGCGGGGCUGAGUAGGCUGUGCUACCAUCAAUGCUAAUGCUCUUAUAAUUCAUGCCUCUCUAGUUAUUAAACAUUUUUACCAUCACCCUUGGAAAUAACCAUAGAACUAGGCUCCCUGUAUGUUCUUUGCCAUCAAGUUACCUUUCAUAAUAACCCCUCUGUCUACCACUCUCACCCCACCUCCCGUGCUUGGGGGAGCCAGUCACUUGACACAAAGUAACUGGUGGUAAGAAUCUUAGACACAAGAAGCAUCUGCUGUCUGCAGCAGAUGACAACAGAGCAGGAUCUCGACCAGCCUCUGCCUUAAGGAAAUCUUUAUUAAUUGUGUGUGGAUCACAGAUGUUCUUGUUAAAAAACCAACUUUUCAGGAGAAGCACAAUCCUCAUGAGUGGCUUCCGCUUUGCAUCACGAGUCUUGUAUUGAAAGAAAAUCAAAGUGGUACAAUUUGUUUACACUCUGAUACUUUCUAAAUAAACUCUUUUUUUUAAAAAAAAAAA